AUGCUCGUUUGAAACAGAGUUGCUUUAAAAGACGACCGUGAUCACUUUCUCUUCGCUUGAGACUCGACAACGGAGCAGCGUUCGGGUCCGCGCCAAAAAUCUUAAUUAUUUCAACAACACACAACACAAAAACAAAACUUGCCGUCUUUCAAGGUUUCCAUUUUACCCCUCACCUGACUGCUCAGUAGCUAUGACUGAGGCUAGCAGUGACGACUUGUUUCUUCCUGCCUGCCAUGACGAGGAGCUGGUCCACAAUCUUCUCUCCAGUGAGGAACCAGAUGGAGGUGAAAAUCUUUCCCUGGUCAAAGCCCUCCUCCCUGUCCUGGACUCACCCUUCCCCCUCAUCCCAUGGGUGUGCUCCACCCGCUACAAGACGGAACUGUGCAGCCGCUAUGCCUCCUCUGGCGUCUGCCAGUAUGCAGAGCGCUGCCAAUUCGCCCAUGGCAUCCAUGACCUCCGUGUGCCCUCCCGCCACCCCAAGUACAAGACGGAGCUGUGCCGCACCUUCCACACAGCGGGCCACUGCUGCUACGGAAGCCGCUGCCUCUUUGUCCACGGCCCCACUGAGCAACGCCCUGCCCCACGUGGCCGCAGGAACAUACCCUGCCGCAACUACCGCACCUUUGGAGUCUGCCCCUAUGGCACACGGUGCAGCUUCCUGCACGUGGAGGACUAUGAGGCCAGCAGGAGUGCGUCAGAGUCGACAGAUGGCAGUGACAAGACCCAAGUGCACCAACCAGGCAGGGAGUGGAAGCCCAGAGGUGCCCUGUGCCGCACCUUCAGUUCUUUUGGCUUCUGCCUGUACGGGACACGCUGCCACUUCCAACACGGCCUCCCCAACAAGGUGAGAAGCUCCAAGCACAAUCUCUCCUCUCAGCUGUCUCCAGGCAGCGCCGGCCUGUCAUCCCCAACGUCCCCGUUCGCCUUAUCCAGCUCCUCCACUCAGUCGUCGCCGUCCUCGACCUCCCCAUUGGCCACCCCACCGGCGGAGGCCACAGCCCACAACGCAUUCACUUUCUCCAGCCAGCACCUGAGCAACCUGCUGCUACCGCUGGCUCUUCACCUGCAGCAGCUGGAGGGCAACAAGGCCCACGACGUGUGGGACAAGUGUGACUGAAUGUGGCCGCAAUUGAAGUGGUUUUUGUUUUACCUUUUCCUCAUAGCAUCAACUUUUAUGUGGUUUUUUUUUUAUUUUUAAAUUUUUUUUUUUUUUUUUUUAUACCUGUUUAAUUUUUAUAGUUGGAUAUGGAUUUAUUCCCCCCCCUUCGGUCAGUCAAGUGAACAAUUCUGCAUCACUACAGCUAUGAGUGUAACUUAAUUUUUAAAACUAUUGUACAUACUUUUAUUAAUGAAGUGAGAAAUGCCUG